UCCGUUGGAAAAUGGCUCGUCAGAGGACAAGAAAAUCCUCAAAAGGAUGCAGCUGCAAGAAAUCUGGAUGCCUAAAGAACUACUGUGAGUGCUAUGAAUUCAAGAUUCCCUGCAAUACCUUCUGCAGAUGCUUGGGCUGCAAGAACACCCAAUUCAUUCAUCAGCCGAAACAGAAGCUCUGGGCAGUGGUCAAGGAGUCCAAGAAACAGAUACCAUCCCUGAAGCAUGAAAAAAUUGACUCCACGGUUUCCUGUCUCUUCGCCAAGGCAGAACAGUGCAUAUUGUAUGGACUACCCCUAGAGGAUACCAAAUUCGAGCUAAUCAUGCAAUUUAAUCGCGCAUUGGGCAUUAUUCUCUCGGAAAAUCCAUAAUUUACCUGAAUUUUCAUCAUUUUCAUAAUAAAAUAAAUUUUC